AUGCUUGAACCAUCGAAGAAAAUGGUGAAGAGACAUACCGUUCUCCUACUACUUGUCUUUGUAAUUAUGUUCUCCUACAAUGUCCUGGAGGGUGGUGCAUACCAGAACCAAGUGGCAUUCUCUCGCAAAGAGCUGAAAGCAGAGCAGAAAGUAUCCUUUACUGGAAUGGAUCCAUCGCUUGGCGGGCAGGUUUCCGGCGCGACCGAUGCAGGAGGUGCAAGCAAUAACGCUGAAAUAUCAAAUGCUAAAACUACUGCUGCCACGGAGUCCCACCGCGACGUCUCAUGGGAUCAGUUCCGUGGUAUCAUCAUCCACACCCACCAGGUCAAGAAACCAUAA